AUGAAAAUGACAGCCCAUCGAUUUGUGCAAUUAGUCUUGAAUUCAAUCAAAGUAGAAUCAGGAUUAGAAUCCAGACUAUUUGGAGAUCAUCUCCGUCUUGUUGCAGUAAAACCGGGAGAAGUUCACAUUGAGCUAGACAUCAAGAAAGAACACACAAAUCGCCUAAGUACAGUACAUGGAGGGGUAAUUGCAUCAAUGGUUGAUGUUGGAGGCUCCCUGGCCGUUGCCUCAAGAGGCCUUUAUGCCACUGGCGUGUCUACAGAUCUGAAUGUGAUAUUCCACAACGUGGGUGGGUACUCUGGCGAUGUUUUGAAAGCGAUAGCGAAAUGCGACAAGCUUGGGGAGACAUUGGCAUUCACGUCGGUGGAAUUUACAAACACGAAGGGAGAACUUGCUGCUCGCGGAAGUCACACCAAAUAUGUUCGUCGAGCCUGGGGCCAUCCCAACAAUAUCGUGGAGAAACUGACACCUUUACCUGGGCAGUAG